CUUUUGUUUUACAGACAGCAUCUUUUACAAGCAUCCGUUGACAAGAAGUCGCAAGACCGCCACGUGCAUCCGUGUGCGGCCCUUUUCCCGGUGGCCUCAGAAUCAUCUUCUGUUUACAGUUAUUAUUUUCCGGGAAAAUCAUUUCUCGCCUUCUCUUCGAACUCCAUCUCCGCAGCAGCAGCCCUGAAAUUCUGAAGAUAAAACCCUAGAAGCAAUGGCGGCACCCUGCACCGGGAUAGAGCUCCGAGAGCUUGGAAACACCGGUCUCAAGCUCAGCUGCGUCGGCUUCGGCGCCUCCCCUCUCGGCAACGUCUUUGGCCAUGUCUCUGAAGAUGACGCAAUCGCCUCCGUCCGUGAAGCCUUCCGUCUCGGCAUCAACUUCUUUGACACCUCUCCGUAUUAUGGAGGGACAUUGUCCGAGAAGGUCCUCGGAAUGACGCUUCAGGCUGUCGGAGCGCCGAGAAAUGAGUACAUUGUGUCAACGAAGUGCGGUCGGUACGCAGAGGGUUUUGAUUUUAGUGCUGAGAGAGUGACUAAGAGCAUUGAUGAGAGCUUGGCGAGGUUGAAGCUUGAUUAUGUCGAUAUACUGCAAUGCCACGAUAUUGAGUUUGGGUCUCUUGAUCAGAUUGUGAAUGAGACAAUUCCGGCCCUUCAGAAGCUGAAGGCAUCAGGGAAGAUUCGUUUCAUUGGUAUAACUGGAUUGCCGUUAGGAAUAUUCACUUACGUGCUUGAUCGAGUGCCACCUGGCACAGUCGACGUGAUUUUGUCAUACUGCCAUUACAGUAUUAAUGAUUCGGCAUUGAAUGAUUUAUUACCAUACUUGAAGAGCAAGGGUGUUGGUGUCAUAAGUGCUUCUCCACUUGCAAUGGGGCUUCUUACAGAGAGCGGCCCUCCAGAGUGGCACCCAGCUUCACCUGAACUAAAGUCUGCAUGCCAAGCUGCUGCUGCUCACUGUAGGGAGAAAGGAAAGAACAUUUCAAAGUUAGCGAUGCAAUACAGUCUGGCAAAUAAAGAUAUUUCGUCUGUGCUGGUUGGCAUGAACUCCAUUAGACAGGUCAAGGAGAAUGUUGCCGCUGCUACAGAACUCGCCAUGCUUGGUCAGGAUGAAGAAACCCUAUCAGAAGUAGAAGCUAUUCUGAAGCCAGUAAAGAAUGACACUUGGCCUAGUGGAAUCCAACGGAGCUGAUGAUUUCUACUAAAGUGCAAUCAUUAGCCAUUUGUACCUAUUUAUCAUGCGUGCAACUUGUCUAGGCAGGUCCCCUUGAUUUAUAAACGUAGAGUCCCCUUCAGCUUUGAUCUACGUGGAUUGAAUUUGAAGCUUGUUUGGAGAACCAUACGUGUGUAAGAAAUGAACUUAUUAUUCAUGUGCUGAUGGAUCCAAAUAAUCCAUUAUUCUUUUCAAGGAGAAACAUUCUGAGUGCUAGAAGCAAAUGAUCAUAGAAGGUUUGGAAUAUAUGUUUAGGAGAGGUCAUGAAUUUGGAUUUAUGUAGAUUUGGACAAAAUGUGAUAUAAAGUUGUAUUGAAUUUUGUCUAA